AUGUAUUUGAUCAUCAUCGUCGCCGUUGCGGAUCAUCACUCGUCUUCUGCUUCUCCAUUAGAUGAGAGUGAUGACGAGGAUCUUGAGGUAUAUGAGAGUGAUGACGAGGAUCUUGAGAGGACGCUAGAGGACGCCGAAAUCGACAUCGAGAACUUCAUCGAGGAAGCCGGCGAGAACGACAUCGACGAGGCCGCGGAGCAAGACGUCAAGGAGCUAAGAAGCCACCGGACACGCAGGAACUACCAUCGGCACGUCAACGACCAUCGGCACGUUAAACGACUGUCGGCACAUUGA